GGCCGCCCGGUCUCCGGCGAUCGCGCGGAUGGCGGCGCUGGCGGCGCUGGCCAAGAAGGUGUGGAGCGCGCGGCGCCUGCUGGUGCUGCUGCUGGUGCCGCUGGCUCUGCUGCCCAUUCUCUUCGCCCUGCCGCCCAAGGAAGGCCGUUGCCUGUAUGUCAUCUUGCUCAUGGCGGUGUAUUGGUGCACAGAGGCCCUGCCCCUGUCAGUGACGGCUCUUCUGCCCAUCAUCCUCUUCCCCUUCAUGGGUAUUCUACCCUCCAGCAAGGUCUGUCCCCAGUACUUCCUCGACACCAACUUCCUCUUCCUCAGCGGCCUGAUCAUGGCCAGUGCCAUUGAGGAACGGAACUUGCACCGGAGAAUCGCCCUCAAGGUCCUCAUGCUGGUUGGGGUCCAGCCUGCAAGGCUCAUCCUGGGGAUGAUGGUGACCACGUCAUUCCUGUCUAUGUGGCUGAGCAACACGGCUUCCACCGCAAUGAUGCUGCCCAUCGCCAGUGCCAUCCUCAAGAGCCUCUUUGGCCAGCGCGACGCUCGGAAGGACCUUCCCCGGGAAGGCGAGGACAGCACAGCUGCUGUGCGGGGAAAUGGACUUCGAACAGUGCCCACGGAGAUGCAGUUUCUCGCCAGUUCAGAAGGAGGCCACGCUGAGGAUGUAGAGGCCCCACUGGAGUUGCCUGAUGACUCCAAGGAGGAGGAACAUCGCAGGAACAUCUGGAAGGGCUUCCUCAUUUCCAUUCCCUACUCAGCCAGCAUCGGGGGCACCGCCACCCUCACAGGCACAGCCCCCAACCUCAUCCUGCUCGGCCAGCUCAAGAGUUUCUUUCCACAGUGUGAUGUGGUAAAUUUUGGCUCCUGGUUCAUCUUUGCCUUCCCUCUCAUGCUGCUGUUCCUACUGGUGGGCUGGCUCUGGAUCUCCUUCCUCUACGGUGGAAUGAGCUGGAGGGGCUGGAGGAAGAAGAACUCGAAGUUACGAGACGUUGCAGAGGAUAAGGCUAAAGCUGUGAUUCAGGAGGAGUUCCAGAACCUAGGGCCCAUCAAGUUUGCUGAACAGGCUGUCUUCAUCUUGUUCUGCUUGUUUGCCAUCCUCCUCUUCUCCCGGGACCCGAAGUUUAUCCCUGGCUGGGCCAGCCUCUUCGCCCCUGGGUUUGUUUCAGAUGCUGUCACCGGUGUGGCCAUUGUCACCAUCCUGUUCUUCUUCCCUUCCCAGAAGCCCUCACUCAAGUGGUGGUUUGACUUCAAAGCUCCCAACUCGGAGACAGAGCCCCUGCUGAGCUGGAAGAAGGCCCAGGAGACAGUGCCCUGGAAUAUCAUCCUUCUCCUGGGAGGUGGCUUUGCCAUGGCCAAAGGCUGUGAGGAGUCGGGGCUGUCUGCGUGGAUCGGUGGGCAGCUGCACCCCCUAGAGCAUGUUCCCCCACUGCUGGCUGUGCUACUCAUCACUGUGGUCAUCGCCUUCUUCACAGAGUUCGCCAGCAACACGGCCACCAUCAUCAUCUUCCUGCCUGUCCUGGCAGAGCUGGCCAUCCGACUGCACGUGCACCCCUUGUACCUGAUGAUCCCGGGCACGGUCAGCUGUUCCUACGCCUUCAUGCUGCCGGUCUCGACGCCCCCCAACUCUAUUGCCUUCUCCACUGGACACUUGCUGGUCAAAGACAUGGUGCGGACCGGCCUUCUGAUGAACCUGAUGGGUGUCCUGCUGCUCAGCCUGGCCAUGAACACCUGGGCACAGGCCAUCUUCCAGCUGGGCACCUUCCCAGACUGGGCCAACACCCACGCUGCCAAUGUGACCGCACUGCCACCCGCCUUGACCAACAACACAGUUCAAACCCUCUGAACACUGAUGGGGACUUCUUUUUCCGGCUGGGCGUUCCUCCCAGCGGGUUGUUGCUGUUGUUGCUGCUGGGAUCCUACAAGCUGAUCGAGUAAUUCUUCCCUGUAAUCUGCUAGGAGGCUGCCAGCCAGGUUCCCUGGGCCACAGGCUCACUGUCUGCAGCGCCUUCUCUUUCUUUCUCAUGCAUUUCAAAGCUAACUCCUGCACCUGAUGCCUGAGGAACAGGCUUUUCUCACCGAGCUGGUCUGUGGCCACGGUGUGGGGAAAGUCCACUUGAGCCACAAGCUGAAAUGGCGAGGCUGAAGUGGUGUUUGUUUUGCAACACCUAGGGUCGAGGGUAUCGAGACAGGAGGAGCUAUGUGACUGCAAAGCUCCAGAUGUUACAGAUGUUCACAGCUGGCUGGAUUCUGCCUUUUCUGUUUAACCAUCUCCCUUGCAGAUGAUACCUGGCAGCUAGAGGUCGGCUUCCAUUGCCUGAGGCGGAGGGAGUACACAGGUCUUCCUGGAGUCUCUCUGCUGCUUCCCCAAUCUCGCAAGCAGCACACCAUGGGGUUUGAAAAACUCCAACUCACACAUCUAUCCAAGAUGCCUGGGAUUCUCUUUUUUUCAUCUGAUUCUCUUAGGACCAAGCUCUAGGUCAGCCUUGCUCAUUAUCCUUCUAGGGCCCUCCUGUCUGUGGCCCUGGGGAGGGGCUCUGUGGCUGCAGACCACCAGCUGUUUUUACUCUAACAACUGGGUUUGGCCUCCCCCCCCCCCCCGCCCCACAUGAUCAGUAAGUUCUAUUUGCAAAGGCCACAAUCUUCAGGGGUGAGAGAAAAAUCUGAAAGACGUGGAGACCUGUGAGAAAACCAGGGCAAAGUAUCUCAGGCCAGAAGUGUGCUGUAACAUUGUGACAUUGUAACAUCCUGCAGAUGGAGACCCCACCCCCACCCCCAGUCCCCUUCCACCAGAGGCCGAAGCCUGAAAGCAGACAGUUGCUGUCCUUAUUCCCAGUAAAAGCCUCUGAUACUCUGCGAACAGCACACUGUGGGGACAGUGGGCAGCUCGGAACUCGGCUGACACCAGAGGUGGAACCAUCACUUCCUCCAGAGGGUGGACAUCCGAAGGAUGGACACUUUCUGUUAAGGCACAAGUGAGUCAGAGUAUUUUCCCAGAGCUGGGCUGGAGGGGGCCUGAGCUGGAAGUGACACUGUAAGACUGAGUCAGCACCCCCUGGGUCUGGAUAGUGGGAUCCCUCAGGGGACAAGGACGGGCAUACACAGAGAAGACCAUGGCCUUGUGACCACAGGAUUCAUGAUUUCUGAUACUGCUGAUCCAAUAUGCGCUCAAAUAAAUAAAGACUGUUAGUCAA